CGUCCAGCCUUCAGUCAAGAGAUCCCAUGAUGUGCACCUGAGCGGUUGCCAAAACAAGACUCGGGCAGGCCUAUAUAAAACAAGCUCAGAACGUAGUAUCUCUGCCGCAGACAUCAGAGGCACAGAAUCAAUUUACCUGACACGGGAUCUGCUUAUUCCCUAAAUCCCCAGAAGCAAAUAUGCACUUGAGCGCAUGCAAGUCGUGCCACCUUGUAUUCUUGUUUUGUGUUCUUGUGAGGAGUUGCCAGGCGUUCAAUAAUGAUGCUACGGAGAUCCUAUACUCGCACGUGGGUACUCCUGCGCAGGAUGCCCCGAGCAAUGUCUCUUUAAAUCGGGCAAGAAACGGUGGGAGAGGCGCGGGAAAUACUGCUGGGAACGAUAGAGUUGACCAGAGAAGCCAAGUUGGCUGUAGAGAGCUGAGGUCCACCAAGUACAUCUCUGAUGGCCAAUGCACAAGCAUCAACCCCAUAAAGGAGCUGGUAUGUGCUGGCGAGUGCCUCCCCGCUCAGAUGCUUCCCAACUGGAUCGGCGGCGGCUACGGCAGAAAGUUCUGGAGCCGGAGGAACAGUCAGGACUGGCGCUGCGUCAACGACAAGACACGCACCCAACGCAUCCAGCUGCAGUGCCAGGAUGGCAGUACAAGAACGUACAAAAUCACCGUGGUCACCUCGUGCAAGUGUAAGAGGUACUCCCGGCAACACAACGAGUCGAGCCAUAUGAAGUUUGAGGAGCCUGCCUUGUCUCGGCCCCAGCUGCUCCACAAACACAAAGCCAAAGCCAAAAAGAGGCUAGGGAAGAUUAAGCUAAAUGAGAAUUGGCAUGAAGCAGAGCCCUAAGGCAGGACUGCAGAAUGCCUCAGUGACUGUGGUCUUGGAUUAUCUCUUUAUUGGGACUGGCUUGUUGUGAGGAGGACCACUGAAAGUGACUUUGUAAAAGCGAAUGGCAUUGGUUGCUUGCUACAUCUGAGGACCAAUGGGCACCAUUAAGUCAUUAGCUAAUAAGAUGAAAUGAACCUAAAUGGGGUCAUCAUGACCAAUAGAACUGUCUGGAACUUUAAGAUAACUCGCAUCAUUUAAGUUCUUGUAUGACAAUGUAAACCUGCUCUUAACUCCAUUAUAGGAACAGUUUUACAGCCAAUAUAAUGUAAUAAAAUAAGCUCUGCAUGAAAAGGGAUUCCCAACACAAAAGCACCACAAAUACACAAAACAAUGUAAAUAUGUGUACAUAUAUAAUAUCACAUGUCCUCUGAAGUAUGAUAACAUAUGUAUAAACGUUUUCUAUAAGAUGUACAUGAUGUAAUAUAUGUUGUAUUGCUAUUCAUUUGAUAAACCUUUUAAUAUGCAUCACACAUAUUUUGCAAAAAUCUGUCAUUGCUCAUGCUUUCAUUUGAUUAAAUAAAAAAAU